AUGGAAACUUUGCAAUUCAAAAUUCUGAAUGUUCAUGCAGAGAAUAGUAAUGAAAUUACUUGCACAAUAAUUGAUAAUGAAGUUAAUGAAAAAGUUAUCUGGCCUUACAAUAAAGACUCUAUGGUUUCUAUAUCUGCAAAAGAGGCUCACUCCCCCCCUUAAAUUGGAACAAAAUAUAGGUAAAAUUUCCACUUUUUUGGUAAAUUAACCCCCUUUAAAUUGGAACAAAAUUUAAUUUUAUAAUAAAAAAUUUUAUAUAUAGAAAUCAUAAAUUUAUGUAAAAAGUUUUGAUAUAAUUUAAAUGUUUCUUCUUAACUAAAAUUAAAAAUUUAGUUAUAUCCUGCUCUUGUUUAAAGAAUAGAGUAUAAAGAGAGCAUUUUAUUAUCCUUAAUUGUAAAUUUUUUAAAAAUUUUUAAAAAAACAUUUUUUUUUUUUUGAUAAAAAAUGAUAUUUUUUUAUUUAAAAUAGCUUUGAUAUAAAUUCAAGACGAAUUCUUUACAAAAAUUCAAAAUUUACUUAUUUCUUGCUUUAUUUUAAAGAAUAGAGUAUAAAUAAUAUCUUAUUUAAACAAAAUUAGCACUUUGAUUAAUAAAUUUUCUAAAAUUGUUUUGUUUUAAUUUUUUUUUAUCAAUAAAAAUAAAUAAUUUUUGUGUAAAUAGUUUUGAUACCAAUUAAUAGUGGCGUAUUAAUUAAUAAUAAAAUUUUAGUUAUAUCUUGCUUUGUUUUAAAGGAUAAAGAGUAAAUAGCAUUUUAUUAAACAAAUUUAUUAAUCUAAUUCGAUAAAUUUUUGAAAUUUUUAUAUAAAUUUUUUUUUUUUAUAAAAAAUUUUAUAAUGAUUUUUUUUUUAAAAAAAUUUUCUUAACCCCCCUUUAAAUUGGAACAAAAUUUUUAGUUCCAAUUUAAAGGGGGGGGAGUCAAGAAACGAAGAUAGAUAUUUUAUUUGGAGAUGAUUUUGUAGCAGAAUUUGAAAUGAUCACUAUUAAGGAUGGCUGAAUUGUUACUGAAAAAAAUAUACAUGGGAUUAAACUUGAAUUAGGAUACAAAAUAUUUUCACAAAAUAAAUUUAUGCAAGAGGUAGAAAGACUUAGAAAUGAUCUGAGAAUCAGUGAAACCUCAAGAGUUAUGCUGCUUGAAAAAUUAAAUUUAAUUACUGAAGAUAUGGCUAAACAAAGUGAUGAAACUAAUGCAAAGUUUUUAGAAUAUUUUGGAGCUAAUGGUAAAUAUGAGAGACUAAUGCAAAAAUAUAAAGAAUCAAUUGAAAAAUUUAAAGAAAGAGAGCAUUAUUUUAUAGGAAAAAUAAAAGAGGUUUCGAUGCAAAAGCAUGAAAUUGAGACUUGUCUUGAGCUACUCAAAUCAGAAAAAUCUGUGUUGGAAAGCAAACUAAAUAGUUUAUCAACUGAAAUAGAGACUAAUCAUUUUAUUAUAAAUGAUGUUGAAAAAGUAAAAGAAUUAGAAUUUGCACUUGAUAAUGCUAAAAGUUUAUUAAAAUCGCAAAUGAAAGUGAAUGAAGAAAACCUAGAGCAACUAAGAAUAUUUCAAAGUCGAAACAGCUUAAUGUCAAGCCAACUUAAAGAGUUUGAAAUCAAAGCAAUCUGCCCUACCGAAGAUGAAAGCAAUUAUAGGUUUACUUUUGGUGCAGAUGCACAAUCAGGGAUGAUGGAGGAUAUUCUUGAAUCUGUAAUUAAAGAAACUUUACAUGAAAAAAAAAUGGAUUUAAAUGUAAUUCAAGUAUCAUCUGGAGUGUUUUAUAUAGGUAAAGUCAGGGCAGAAAUAAAGCUAGACCAUGGAGAAGUAAAAGCAUAUCAUAAAAAAGAGUAUAAUUUAUGCAUCAUAAUAGAUCGCUAUACCCAAGUAGAAUACCGACCAGAAAAAUAUGGUCCAGGACACCUGCAUUAUACAGUCUAAGUCUGAUCGUUUUUACUUUUCAAAAAUGCUGAUAGGUGCAAAUUAAUUGAAAAUUAAAAUGGAUGGUCAAUAAUAGUCUAAAAUAUUUCAAGGGCUAUAUAUUCCUUUAGAUGAUUUUCUUGACUUGCAAAUUCAAGUCGACCCAAAACUAAGAAGAAGCUUUAGUUCAGGAGUGAAUGAGGCCAAAUCAAAAACUGACUUUAUUAAUGAAUCUCAGACCUAUGAGCUUAAUCCAUUCGAUAGUUUAGAAAGUCAAAGCUCUAUAGAAACCCCAGAGAAAAAGCCUUCAGUCAAAUUCAGAAAUAAGCCUGACAUUAUGUCUUAUAAAGCUUCUCUAAGCCUUAAGCUUGCUAAAGCAAAAGGCUACUGUCCUGUUCUAAAGAAAAAGAGAUAA